UGGGCCCACCUGUGUUGGGGGUUAGGCCUGUUCCUUUUCAGAAUUCACCCCCAUCUCCUGUCCGGCCCAGCAACCGGCAUCCAGGCAGCUUGGAGCCCCUGAGGAGGAUCCCGCACCAGUGCUGGAUGGGGCCUUGGGGCUGUCCUGGGAGGAGCCUGGCCAGCUCCUCGGCCUCCCCCACCGGGGGGGGAGAGGCCUCUGCUUGGGGAAAGUGGACGUGGAGCAGCCUCUCCCAGGGAACUGACCCCGCGGCCCCCUCCCUGCCCUCCAGGUGCGGGUCAAUGUGGUGCAGAACAACCUGGCUCUGCUGAUCUACCUCAUGCGGAUGGUCAAGGCGCUGAUGGACAACCCAACCCUCUACCUGGAGAAAUACCUGCACGAGGUCAUCCCGGCGGUCAUGACCUGCAUCGUCAGCCGCCAGCUGUGCCUCAGGCCAGAUGUGGACAACCACUGGGCCCUGCGAGACUUCGCCGCUCGGCUCAUCGCCCAGAUCUGCAAGAACUUCAGCACCACCACGAACAACAUCCAGUCCCGCAUCACCAAAACCUUCACCAAGAGCUGGGUGGACGAGAAGACGCCCUGGACCACGCGCUACGGGUCCAUCGCUGGCCUGGCGGAGCUGGGGCCUGACGUGAUCAAGACCCUCAUCCUGCCACGGCUGCAGGUGGAGGGGGAGCGUGUCCGCAGCGUCCUGGAGGGUCCGGUGGUCAGCAAUAUUGACAAGAUUGGGGCUGACCACGUCCAGAGCCUCCUGCUGGUAAGGGAAGCCGCCCCCCCCCCCCCCCCCCUGCAGCCGCCCCUGUGAAGAGGCCGGGUUGUCCCACCCGGAGGGGCCCUGCU